AUUUUAAAGGAGCCCAUUCUCAAAUCAAAUCAGUGUAACAGCACUGAGCUCAUAACUUCUUCUGUCAAUAUAAAUGAUAGUUUGUAUCUGUCAAAACAUUAUUUAUUUUUAAAGGCAACAUUGUUUUUUUCUGAUUACAUCACCACCUUUAUGAAUGGCAUGGUGCUUGGCGGUAGGCUACAAGAACGAGGGCGGGUCCUGUCUACACGUGGGUAGCAAGUAGAGCUGAUAGGACCAUGCGGUCCAACACUAGGCACUUACAAUUGAUUGGCUAGUGAGGACAGUGGGAGGAUUUAACAGUCAUCAAAUAGAGACGCUUUUACGCAUUGUACAGUUCAAUGUGUAGGUUUGAGUCUGAGGAAGACAGGGUAGCCAAGAAGAGGCACUAUCGGGCAGUCUAUUGUGAUUAUCUAUCUUCAGUUAUCACUCAGUUACAUAUUUGGAACACACAGUUCAACUCAUAGGCUACUGUACUUGGCUCCAUUGAUCAAUAAAGACAAAGAACAUCUAAUUAUUUAUAUUUCGUCUUCUGGAAAACGGCAGAAGAGUAUUGGAGUUGUGUGGGUCAGUUCCAAAUAGCCUACAUUUAGACAAGCGGAUACCAGCUACUCUUUGAUACUUCGACCCAAAUAACGUGCCAAAUAAAGCGCAGCCCAGCGAAUGGACCAUCAUCAACCCGGCACACGUAGCUUCAUUCCCCGCGCGGCUCCAGUCUGCGCGUCGGUACCUACUGAAUCAUUCAUGCGCUUGUCCAUCAGCUCGACCACAGGCAGCCGCUUCGAGCUCUCUGUCCAUCGGGGAGAAACGGUGGAGGUGCUGAGGAGACGACUUUCCCAAAAGCUCAGAGUACCGAAAGAAAGAUUCGUCUUGCUGCAUAAGGAAACGCGGUUGAGUACAGGGACACUACAUGACCUGGGCAUAGUUGAUGGGAGUAAGCUGACACUGGUCCCAACUAUUGAGGCAGGCUUGUUAUCAUCCCAACCAUCCAGAAGAGAGCAGACCAUCAUGCAGGCUUUGGAGAGUUUAACUGAAACUCAGGUCAGUGACUUCUUGUCUGGCCGUUCACCCCUGACCCUUGCCCUCAGGGUCGGUGAGCACAUGAUGUUCGUCCAGCUCCAACUGGCCCCCCAGAGUGCCGCUGGGCAGCAGCAGAGUCACCUCAUCACCCAGCGAGCAGGCAGAGUUGGGGUUGAACAGGUGCAUGCUGCAAAGUGUGGGUCCACUAGGCUCCCUUACCCCAGCCCAGCCCAGCUCUCCUCCAACACCCCAGCCCAGCCCAGCCCAGCCCAGCUCUCCUCCAACACCCCAGCCCAGCCCAGCCCAGCCCAGCUCUCCUCCAACACCCCAGCCCAGCCCAGCCCAGCCCAGCUCUCCUCCAACACCCCAGCCCAGCCCAGCCCAGCCCAGCUCUCCUCCAACACCUCAGCCUCCCCUGCCCUUGUCUCCCCUCAUACCCCCUCCUCAACCUCUCACGUCACCAACCUCUCUCCCUCACCUAGUGCCCCCCCCUGCUCCACCAACCCCACCUGCUCCAGCCCUGCACCCCAGAGCCCAACCCCUGCCACCACCUACCCAGAGGGUGACUGCAGUGUGGCUGGUACUCCCACCUCUAAUAAAACAGCUGCCGGGGAACCAGGUGCUGUCAUAGAGAGCUUUGUGAGCCAUGCCCCAGGAGUCUUCUCCGGGACCUUCUCAGGCACUCUGCCCCCAGCUGGGCAGGACAGCACCAGUACCGGUGUCAAGUCAUCCAGACGAGGCAUCAACACCAUCUUCCAGAUCCUCAACGACCUUCUCAGUGCCACUCGCCACUACCAAGGGGCUCCACUGUCCCUCUCCCAGCUCCUCUGCCGCCCUCCCAGCACCCCAACCAGCAGCACUCCGAGUACCCCAACCUCGCCCUUCCCGCCGCCCUCACCUCUCACCCCUGACCUUGUCAGCACUGCUACCUCAGGACCACUUACAGACCACAUCAGCCAGGAACAAAGUCACUCAUGUAAACCUGCUGGCCUGUGUUCCAGUCAAUCUGAGGAAGAGAACCAGUCGUUGCGUUGUAAACUGGAGCGCCUUCAGAUGUUGAUGCACCAGAGACGCCUGCGCAGGCGGGCUCGCAGGGACACACGCACCUCACACCCCUACCCUCCUCACCACCAUCAACCCUGGUCGCCCGGACGAGACAAAGCCAGCCGCCAUAGCAACGGCAGCCUGUCCAGCAGCGAGAGCUCUUCCCUGGACGACCUGGAGUUGCAAUGGAAACCGGAGAUACCUACCGACCUUUUGAUGGCAUAGAGAGCAUGAGAUUAAAACAAGUUUGGACCUGUCAUUGGCUGUCCUUUGAAUGGCUGAGUAGGAGAAAAACUGCCCAUUUUGGGACUCGAUCACACUGCACAAGGACUCUUCAUAAAGACAACUGUCCCUUCUUGAAACUGGACAUUCAAACAGAACUUACGUAGUAUAUUGUAUGUAAAUAGUUUACACUCCCUUGACUGAGCUUUCUGCGGAUCAUAUGACACUUUACUGUCAGUCUCUUGCCAGAGUCUGUUGGAACCAGACUCUGUUUGAGGGUCUACCAGUCACUGUACCUACCAUUUUAAACUCAUCUGACACAUCUGCAGUUGCUGUCAUUCACAUUGUCAGAACUAUGUAGCAUUGAGGUUGUCAAAUAGAUAAGUUUCUGCACAUUUGUUCGGACAGCUUUAUUGCAAGGUUGUGAAGUGAUCUUUGUAUACAAUAUGUUCUGAUGCAUUAAGCAGGUAAAAUAUAAAAUUGAUAAUGUUCUGAUUUGACCCAUGUAGACUGUUUAAGUUUGAAGCAAUAAUUGAUUGUUCUGCAGACUUACCUAGGAAAUACAAAUUCUGAAGUCA